AUGAAUCUUGCUCAAUGGAGCAUCAUACAAAAUGGUGCAAAAAUUGUCGCACACAUGGGGACCGGUAACAAUGCCUACAUCAUCGCAUGUUACUCUAAUUCACGCCCAGCUGUCAUGCUGCCACUCCUCAUUCAGAUGAAUCACACCAACACCAACAUUGCUGUUGUGGUGCACACAGAGACAGCUGCAAAGAGAUAUUCCAAGGAGAUUGAAGAGACGUCAAAAGUUGCAGGCACACCAUGUUCGUCGCAGUGUUUCCUCCGGUGGGAUUCACUACCAAUAGAUUCAAAGUGCACCUACUUCACUCCCGAAUCAUUCCUGAAAGCAUUUGGACAGCAGCAGGAGAUUCCAUACACCCACAUUAUUGUUCUAGACACACAUGAAAGAUUGCAAUGGGGUGAAACGGUCCUGGCGGUUCUCAAGAAGGUAUACACCGGACCUCUUGUUCUCUGCUGUUCUCCUCUUCCUAAGGCAAUAGGGUACCUCCAAGAUUUCUACGAGGGAGCUUCAAUCAUAGCUCUACAGGACAUAGAAGUCGUAGACAUGCACUAUCUUGAUCACCCCUCGUGUAAUCUGGUGGAUACUGCCGUUGACACCGCAGUCAACAUUAGCAGCAUGGAGGGAGAUGGUCAUAUCAUAAUGUUUCUAUCUACACGUGAGGAAGUACUCUUGGUGAUACGAGGGAUCAAUGACCGUCUCCAAUCUCAACAGAAAGGAGGGGAUGUCAGCGUGGUGCCCUUCUACAAGGCCAUGAAAAGAGAAGAACUGGAGGAGCUAUAUGAUGCCCUAGACAAGAGAGGAGGACGAACGAUCAUUGUCGCCACAGCGAUGGCUCAAGAUUACACGUCUCUCCCGCCUGAUAUUAAGUACGUCGUCGACUCUGGACUGCAAACCUCACAAGAAGGAAAGCAGAUAUGGGCUACCAAGCUGGAUUGCGAGAUUCGAGCCAAUCGAGUAUCCUCUACUGGGGGAAAGGUAUACCGACUAUUCACUGAAGAGAUGUUCGAGGACCUUAUUGACAUGUGUCCUGCCGAGGUCAUGGUCGACAAACUGGAUCAAGUAGUCCUCUAUUGGCUCUCGCUCGGUGUAAAAAACAUCCUUACCCUGGAGACUCCUUCCAAGUACCCUCAGAGGCUUCUUUCAUCAGCUUUAACGACUCUGCACCACGCUAGCUUGAUAUCAAACGAUGGCCAGCUUACAAGAGUCGCACAAAGUGUGUCAUCACUCUCUAUCUGCCUGCCUUUUAUUCCCACACGCUUCAUAGCUGCUAUUGGACAUUCACUAAGCGAAUCCUGCACGUCACAGAUCUUGAGUAUCGUCGCAAUGGAGCUCGCUGGAGGACUGAACGAGGCGUACUACACCCCCAAGGAGGUUGUGAAGCGAGAGGAGGCCAAGAACAUCCAUGCAUUGUUCCAAGUGGAGGAGGGACCUUAUAUCACCCUGUUGAACAUAUACGAAUCCGCGUGUACACCAAAACUGAAACACACGAGAUGGUUUGUUGAGCAUUUUCUCAACUACCAAAUGAUCAGGAUGGCUACAAACAUUCGCCACGAGCUAGCUUCUGUUAUUGGUGUUGGAGCCGUAAACGCCGAUAAAGAUGAGCAGAUGACCGGUUGCUUGGAGAUCGUGAAGAGGUAUUUUGACGAGUAA